UUACUCUUUAAAAUAUCACCAGAUUCUUUCUUACUUUUCUGGCUGGCCUCAGUUGUCUAAAUUCUCAGUCUGCUAUUUGAAUUCCCUUUUUUAGCUAAAAAUAAAUGGGGAUGAUUGAGCCUGAAACUUUGCACGUCAAAUGUUAAUGGGGGCUGGUUCAACUGCUUAAGUUCUGUCUCCAUGUGCUGCUCAUUGUCUCCAUUUGGUUUCCUUUCUCCAAUCUUUUUCCCCAGGGCCAGCUCAUUAACUUUGAGAAGAGGCGCAAGGAAGCAGCCAUCCUCUCCUGCAUCCGUCACCUGCAACAGUCCUGCCAGGGAUACAACCUUCGCCUGAAUCCAUCCUUCCACUUGGCCUUCCAUCACCAGCGGCAGCUCACCGAAGACCAGAGCUACUACAUUUCUUGUAUGAUAGAGCCACCAGCCGACUCCUGUCCCAACUCACCAAAGCUGCAUCACGGCCUGACCAAACGCUUCAGCUCACUCCGCUUGAGCUCAGAACCAUCUGCAACUCCUUCUGGGCCUGAAAAGACUGGAAUGAUGCCAUUGGGUUCCUCUAGUAGCCUUAACUCUGAAGAUGGAUCCAGUGUCCCUUGCUCCCCAACAGGGGUCUCCCCUGGCCUCAAGAUCACUAGCCAGGAUAAGACCACAGCUGUGAUACAGCGGGCGUUGCAGAAGCACAAACUGGAAGAGGACUCACCAUGCAACUACCAACUUCUCCAACUUCUGGGGGAUGGCCAAGAGCUGCUGAUUCCCGAAAGUGCAAAUGUUUUCUAUGCCAUGAAUCCUGCUGGGCCCCAUGACUUCUUCCUGCUCCAGAAAAAGGGACUCACCAGUGAACCACACUUGAGGAUGAAGCCUGGGAGCAAAGCUGCUCUUUGCCGCAUUCCCUCCCUCAAAGAUUUUGACACCGGUGCCCUUGCUGCCAGUUCAUGCUUCAUAUUUUCACAUAGUGCACCAAAUAGCCCAGUUUCCCUUUCUCCACCAUCCGCGGCUGAGGAUCCAUACUUUAGAACAUGCCUUUCAACAUACCCUUUUCCAGCUCCUUUCUCCUGGUUCCUGGAAAACCAGUCAGCAAUAGCCACACCUGAUUCUCCUCCUCCCUGUCUGUCUCUUCCUCAACACCCACUUCCCUUGGAAACCAGGAGCCCAGCUCCCCCUCGUGUUGUGCAGAAAUUGCUGGCACCUCCUUCUGUGCCACAAUCCCUUUCUGAUGCCUCCAAGAGGACAUCAUUUUGUUCAAAGUCCCCAACUUCCCCUCUAGAAAUCCAGAGUAAUCAAGAGUUGGACAGCGUAGGAACAGACCCUCAAAGCCAGAGAGAGCUUGUCUGAUUAUAAUCCUUCUGUAACCCAUGCAAGAGGCUAAGGAACCGAAGAACCCACCAAAGAUGCAUCAAAGAUUAUUCUGAAUUGGUCCUCUGUGGGAUCCUGCUUUGUUCACUCAGAUUCCUCCCGGGAGAUCUACAGCCAUACUUCCCAAAGGUCAUCAAUCUCAAAAAGCAGCUUUUGCCAUCUGUGGUUCCAAGGAGCCCCCAAAUGAUAGUGCCUGGUGGCUUCAAAAAAACUGAGCUAGUCUUUGGUUUUAAGGGAAGGUAAUGUUUACAUAGUCAUGACCUCCAAAUUUUAAUAGUGUCGUCCAGGGCAGACCUGUGUAGCUAGAUGCUCUGUGAUCGUGCUGUCUAUGCUACGUGAAAGCAUACAUUUUUUUUACAUGAUUCUGUAAUAUUUCCCAUUUUUGUUGCUUGAAGAACUACCGUGUGGAGUCCAGACAAUCUAUCCCAGCUUUGCUGCAGAGACCCACCAAAUCCAAGCACAGUGGUAGGCAGGUAUGACAACCUUCAAUAAACCUGUGCUGCACCCUUUAAGCCUUCUUCCUUCCUGCUCUCCAGAUAUUCCAGUUACUGUGAGAAUGUACGCAUGCUUCAUACAGCAGUACAAAUCUUUUUUUAAAAAUUAAAUUAAUCAAGAUUCUCUGAAGGCCAGAAUAUCCAGAAAAUGCCAAAAAAUUAUUUAGUGCUGCUUGCUCAAUUCUAUCGGUUAUCAGUAACGGGGUUGGAAUAACUUUAUGAACAAGAUGCAUGAGGCAGCUAAUAUAAGAACCAAACAGUAGUGCAUAGAAGUGCUAAGGAAAGCCGGCCCAACUCCCUUGAGGCUUUGAAGCAGAGGUGGGGGGUUCCUACCAGUUCGCACCUAUUCGGUAGAACCGGUUCAUCAAAUCUACCGAA